UGAUGAUUAUUGAUAAUUUAUUAAUUAUGAUUUUGAUAAAUAAUGAAUUCAAACUUACUGAUUAUUAGGAUUAGAUGACACUGACAACAUUGGGUAUAUAUGUUACUAUUGCUAGUAGUAGUACUAGCGUUAACUGUUAUUUACUGACAGCUAGGUUACUGAAAGUGAAAUAUAAAGAAGUGAGUAGAACAUAAUAUAUUUUGAAAUAGUUUUAAACAGAAUGAAUCUUCCAAGUCCAAUUGUUUAUUGGGCACAAACAGAAUCGGGAAUUUCAUUGCGUGUUGAUCUUCAUAAUGUAAAGAAUCCUGUAAUAGAUUUGAAAGAAAAGCGAUUGAUCUUUACUGCAAGUGGUAUUGGUGCAAAAGGAGAACAUAAGUACCAAUUUCAGUUAGAAUUCAGUAGACCCGUAAUACCUGAGACAGGCCAGUAUCGUGUAAAUGACAGAGAAGUUGAAAUCUUAGUUCAGAAGGUAACAGUGGAUCUCUGGUCUCAACUUACAGUAGAUGAAAAAAAGCCUCCUUGGUUGAAAGUUGACUUUGAUCGAUUAUUUGCUCAAGAAGAAGAGAAUAAUAUGGAGGAUGAAAAUUUAAUCAUGAAAGAAAAACUUAGAGAUAUUAUAGGAACAAGGAAAAGAUCUUACCAAAAUGUGAAGGAUUUCUGGAAGGUCUAUCUCCUAUUCUACAAUUUGAUCCAGUUUGUGGGAUUUCUGUAUAUAUUAAUAGUAAUGCUCAUUCGAUAUGCUAAAGAAGGACCAUUUUCUGUAGAUGGAACAUAUGAAGCAGUUGGAAGAGUGAUGAAAAUUUGCCAAUUGCUGCAAAUGCUAGAAAUAAUUCACUUGCUGAUAGGAAUGACACGGGGAAAUUACUUUAUGUGUUUGUUUCAGCUCUGUGGAAGAUUUCUUAUCAUUUUUGCAUUGCUUGAUGCUCACCCAAGAAGCCAAACAAAAUCAGCCAUCUUUUAUCUUUUCAUAGGAUUCACAAUAAUGGAAGUUAUCAGAUAUCCAUAUUACAUGUUAAAAAUGUAUGGUGUCAACAUCCACUUUCUAACAUGGCUCCGGUACACUCUGUGGAUACCUCUCUACCCUUUGGUUUUUAUCUGUGAAGCAAUAAUCAUGUUCAGAAACAUUCCCUAUUUUGAACAAACAGGAAAGUUCAGCAUGAAACUUCCCAACCAGUGGAAUUUUUCAUUUUCCUUCCCUGGUGCACUGAGACUUUAUCUGUUGCUGGGAUUUUUUCCUACAUUAUAUUUUAUGAUGUUACACAUGUACAGAAAGAGGAAGAAGUAUCUAGGAGCAUCAAGGCUGUGGAAGAUAGAAUGAGCAGUUCAUUAUGUUCACACUUUUUUUCUGGAAUUAUUAAACAGUUUCCUAGUCUCCAAACAAAUGACGGAAGUAAAAGCUUGCUAUUAUGAAAUAGGGUAUUUUUGAAGUAGCUAUGUCAAAUGGCUACAAACUAGGAUUUAGGGAGAUAUACUGUGGUAGUUUUAGUGUAAGAAUUUAAAAUGCAGUAGAUUAUUUCUUACAAAGUUUCAUAAAUUAGACUAGUGUGAGAGUGUGAUCAUUUGAAUUUUUCAUUUCACUGUGGUGAUAGUUUUUAGUUUUCUGUGGAAAAAUAAAGAAAUUUUACUAAUGUGAAAAAGAGGGUAUUGCAUAAAAGUUAUGUUCAUGUUAUCACAGCAACUUUUAGUGUAGGAGAAUAUCAUCAUGGCCUUGAUUACUAACUGCUUGCAGGUUAAAACUGAUGGUAAUAAAACAAUAAAAUGGUGUUUAUGUUAUCACAUUAUAAAUAGGAAGCAGGAUAUAAAAAAACAUAUUGAACACAAAUUACAACCAGAAUAAUACAAUGAGAAAACAAAAAUAUUGGUUUGUCUCUCAUUACCCUUUAGUGGCUAGCAUAUAUGGUGAUACUUUUAGUGAUACUAACUGGAUUCUUUAAAAUUGGUGUAAAAAUAGAAUAUGCUUAUUGUCAUAUUGGCUAAAAAAUACAAAACUUCAUAUAGGUUUUGUCACCCAGUUUCCAGUUAGCAUAUUCAUAUAAUCAAACUCAAGUAAAAAAAGAAUUCAUUAGAAAACAAUAUUAGUCCAACUUUGCUAAAACUUUUUUUUUUGCUUUUCUUUAAAUAUAUGAAAUUUAGUAUUGUUUUUCUUUAUUUGAUCAUAAAUACAUGAAACCCAAUAGGUAAAAACUUUGAUUUUGUCUACUCAUUGUAGUUUUAGAAUGUUAAUUAAAACUUAACACAAGAUAACUGAUAACUAUCUUAAAAACAAAUACCUGGUGUUCUAAUUUUGAACUAGAAGAUGUUUUUAGAAGAAAAGGUCAUUAUGAUAACCAUUAGUUUUAUAAUGAGUGUCAUUUCACAUAAAAAUUGUAAAUUAUUUUAAUUUAAUUUCUUUAGAUCUCAAACCAAACUUCACUCUCCAACUUGUGUAACUUAAUUUUGAGAUUUAAUAUUACUGCUAAAAAUCAUUCAUAUUUCAUGUUGUUGUUAAUUUGUGUUAAUAUUCAAAAUUUCGUUGAGUAUCUUACUAAAAACAACCUACCAUUCACUUUAUACAGGCAAUUCAUAAUUUCUACUUAAAUAUUUUAAUUUAGUGUUUCCUAAUCAACAUAUUUUGCAAAUCAAUCUGCAAUUAGUGUUAAUGUCUAAACCUUUAAUUUUUUGUAUACAGUUACAAACUUUUCAAUUGAAAUGGGCAAAUUUUUAGUUUUACAAAUAAUGAUAGAUGAAUACCCAAAAGUAUGUAUUCAGGUUAAUAUGAAAUCAUCUUAUUAUGAAUUGUUUCUUUUCAUUCACCUUUUUAUUAAUAUAAACCACUUUCUGGUUUUUUAAAUUAAUUAUAUUUGUCAGGGGUACAUUGCUGGCAUUAAGAUCUGACUGGAGGUAUGUGUCAUAGAAAGGUUGAGAAUCACUGAUUCAUUUUGGUGAGUUAAUUAACUUUGAAUGUGAAGUCUAAUCUAAGAUAAUGAAUCAGUUAAAACAGGAAGCUAUAUUAUCAACUGGCUGUAUGUAUAUAUAUAUAUAUAUACUUACAUAUACAUAAAACUACUGAUGUAGAAGACGUAUAUAUCAAGCUUAAUCACAGUUUCUCCAUCAUGGUGUUCUAAUGAAACUAAAAUUAAUUAAUCCUGUAUGAUAUUAAAAGUGUAUUGUGAGUAUUGUAUACAUAGCUAUACUAUAAAGUGUGUUAUAGGUAUAAAGAUAUAUAUGUACUAGUAAAAAUGCAUACCAGAAAUAUAUAUCACUAUUACAUGAGAUAACAGAAGUGCAUAAUUAGAACAUUUAAAUAUAAGAGCAAUAUUAGGAUUCGCUUUGUUUCUUCUACACUGCAAGAAUGUCAAGUUAGGUUUCGAUGAACUAUGUAGACAAAAUAUCUUUCUAGAUUAAACUUUUCUUCAUUA